AUGGCUAGAGUAAGCGCAUCCCGUCGAUCUCACCACUCCACCAGCGGACCAACGCCCCCCCGAUGGCCGAUCCUCUUCUCCAUCCAAGGAAGGCACGAGAACGCACAUAUCAUGGACAUGUUCAUCGGAACAUCCAAGAAGGCGAAGGACCCCGAGUUGCCCCUCCUGCCCGCACACCCACACCCACACGGCAAUCUCCUGCCCUCCUCCCUCUCACACAGAAACCAACGUGCGAGUGAACACCAAACAAACACAGACACUCACCUAUCCCUCCCAUCCCUUGUCAUCCUCCACGCUGCCAACCGUCCCCUAUCCCUCAACACCAACUCCACAGGCCUGGAAAGCAACCACUCCCCGCCCUGGCUCUCGCUCCACACAGGCACAGUCUUGACUUGGUGCACUACACCCCCGAAACGGGUGGUGACGAUCCCUUCCCUGCUCUGGGGCGGGGGGAGCGUGAGCGGGAGGGGGAGGGUAAACGACGAUGAGGAGGGUAAAAGACUGCUUGUGCUUGUGCUUGGGGUGGAGCUCGCACCUGGGAGAGAGGGGGCAAGUGCCCAGGAGUCGAAGUUGUGCGUCAUUCGGUUAUGUAUGCUCGGAGCAGGCUGUUGUGGGGUGGGUGGGGAGUGGGGGGAGGUGCCGCUGAUACUGGAACGUUGGGAUGGCUACGAACGAGACGAGUACUCGGUACUGGUACUGGUACUGGUUACCGCACUGGACUGCACUGGUACUGCCCUGGUACGGUAA